GUGCCUUGCUCUCAUUUCAGUUGCAGCUGAGCAGGCUGCCCCCAGCCUGACGAGCCAUGAGAGCAGCGCACAUUUGAGGCAAAUCAGUCGGCAUAGCGCCGACAUGAAUGAGCAAGUAGUUUCGGAGCAUCGCCAAAAGCUGCAGAUGCAUCACAAGGAGGUGAUGGCGAAGCUCGGUAUGGCGAAAAUAGCAGCGGUGUCUGCGGUGCCCAACGCGUCGGAGGUUUUUAGUACCUCCAUGCCUGGCUUCUUCGAGCGAUCCUCAGUCGUUCAGCCCGUGGCUGCAAGACUGUCGAAGGGCGAGUUGGAGCGCUUUCUGAAGAAGCUCAGCGAUGCCUGCGAAGGGCAGUUUAAGCAAAUGCUGAAGGGCGACGGAAAAGUCCAAGAGCUCCAUCGCUUCGGGACCAAGGACCACAACACCUCCAAGAAGAGCUGUGCUGCCCUGGAUGGGGCCCUUUGCGCCACCCACGCGCGCGUGCAGCAGCGCGCCCAGAGUGACAUUGAGGGGCGGCGCUUGCUCUCCAAGAGCGAUGUGGUGGGAGAGAGCUGCCUACCACGCAGCUGCAUUCAGGAGCAUGACCUUCAUUUGGUCGCUGCCAUGAUGCAACAGAAGGCUGUGGAGUCUCUGGGUGCCACCAUUGCCGGUCAGCAGCCGGCCGAGGUGCUUUUGGACGUGGAUUGCUCCAAGAGUGGAGGGUCCAGCUACUCCUCGACCAGCGAAUGGUCCAUGGAGCGCGCUGGGCCUACAAGGUCCUCAGCGCGCGGGUCCGUGCCGGUGGCUGCGGCCAUGGGGCUGCUGGCUUGGAUGGCUUGGGGCUAG